AUGCAAGGUCCUCCGGUAAACAGAGCAUCAGCAUUACGAGCUUAUGCAGUGCGCCAGCGAAUGGAUUACGGCUCCAGUUAUGCAGAGGACGCGUAUCUGCCAAAACGCUUCCGCAGAUCAAGAGCAAUGAACUAUUCGCGACUGUCGAACUCGAUCGACAGUUCCGGCUAUGGAACAAAUCAAUUUUCCGGCAGGUCGUCGCCAGACCGAUGGUCUCGUGGCUCCCGAAUGUCGAACUCUCGCUUUUCCGCUGUUCAUCCUCUUUCGAUCCGAAGUCACGAAGAAAUUUUCCAAAUGGGGCCGACAAAAUGGACGGAUCAACCAAUUCAGUCGAAAAUUGGCUCUUUAGAUAAUUUCGAUCACGUUCCGGGCGGAGGAGACAAAGACAUUAACGAGAUCAAAUAUCGAUUUAAUGCGCCAAAUUCCAUCUCCAGUAGGACAAAAGUAAUUUACGGCCCGCGACGAGAUAGAAUGUCAAAAGACGAAGAAAGUGGUCUUGAAAUCAUGGAAGAGAAUCUGUUUGACAAGCCACAUGAAAAGGGAAAUGAUUUCGAGACCAUAAAAGUAGACAAUGAAGAAUUCGAGCAGCUUCCGAACUGGCGAUUCCGGCCGAAACAAACUCGAUCCAAGUGUGGAACUUUGGACAAUGUGAAUCACCGGCCAGGUGGCGGAACCAACAGAAUUUUCACGGAAAGAAUGCCGUGGCAAGAAGGAUACAAAUAUGGCCGAUGA